UAAAUAAUAAAGAAGAAGAAGGGAUUUGCAUGACAUCUACCGGCCUACUUUGACGUCACAUCCGUUGUGGCAGAUUCGCGCACGAACAGAAGUUGAUCAUCUUCCUGGACAUUUUAUCCGAUUCAGAGUUCCUGACGCCGGCAGCCAUGGCCAAUCCAACUGACAUCUUAAGCAAGGUGCUGGAGCAAACGGCUAAAGUGGUGGAGGAGCAGGUGGAUGCCAAGUUGAGCAAACUGAGUGAAAUGGAUGACGACGAUCUGGAAAGGCUGAAGGAGAGGCGACUGGAGGCACUUAAAAAGGCACAGAAGCAAAAGCAGGAGUGGCUGUCCAAAGGCCACGGGGAGUACAGAGAAAUCUCCAGUGAGAGAGACUUUUUUGCCGAAGUGAAGGAGACCAGGAACGUCGUCUGUCACUUUUACAAAAAUUCCACCUUCAGAUGUCAGAUCCUGGACAAACACCUGGCUGUCUUAGCGAAGAAGCACGUUGAAACCAAGUUCAUCAAGUUGAACGCAGAAAAGGCGCCGUUUCUGACCCAGAGGCUGCGCAUCAAAGUUAUCCCCACACUGGCUCUGCUUUUAGACGGAAAGACGAAGGAUUACGUUGUCGGAUUCACCGAUCUGGGCAACACAGACGAGUUCUCCACGGAGAUGCUUGAGUGGAGGCUGGGAUGCGCGGACGUGAUUAACUACAGUGGCAACCUGAUGGAGCCACCGACGGCAACGCAAAAGUCCGGCACAAGAUUCACAAAAGUGGAGAAGAAAACCAUCCGAGGGCGAGGGUUCGACUCCGACGACUCUGACGACGACUGAAAAGCUUUCAGACGUGGCUGGUUUUCUCUACCUCACCGAUACGCUCAGCAGACGCCGCUCCUCUACUAACCAGAUCAUUCAUUUCCUUUACAUUGGGCCAAUAUCAAGUUUUAUUUAAUGAAACCUGUUGUAAUAUUUGUUUUACUGAAAUUAUAACGUCUGUUAAUGACACAUGAAGUGGAAAUCUCUGGUUUGUAUCUUCAUGUCCGGAGCCUUCGUUUUUAAUCCCAGGCCUGUUUGCUUCCUUUUUGGUCAGAAUAGAGCCGGUGACGCAUGUGGGUGCCAACAUCUAAUGUAUUUGAUUUUUAGCAUCAGAAUACAUUUUUACAUGAUAUGUAAAAAAAAGAGUUUGAUUGAAAUACAGUGGCUUGCAAAAGUAUUCACACCCCCAUUGAACUUUUCCACAUUUUUGUCACAAUCAUGGACAUUAAUAUAUUUGGAGUCUCGUGGGAAAGACCAACAGAAAGUGCUACGCAGUUGUGAAGAAAGAAAAUGUACAUGACCUUAAACAUUUUUUUACAAAUAAACUGAAAACUGCGGUGUGAAAAAGUA